CUGACACAAAGCGGACGUUACCGAGCCUACGUAUCAAAGCCUCGUCAACGGUCUAUCCGAGCCUCCCUAUAUUCAUGGAAACACAAAUCCGAGCGAAUCAUAGACCCCAAUUCUCCAACCCACCACAAACGUGAUUUCCAAGAAAAAGACGGUCGCGACUUUCUCAAGACUCUUUCAACACCCCCUCGUAAACGCGAUUCAUUGAUUGCAUUUUUCAGCAAAACAGGUAUAGGGGGCCGAGAGCAGCCACUUUGUGCAUAUUGCCAAAGGGUUUCUUUUGGUCUAGAAUAGUGAUGGGAGACCAUAUGGUUUUGUGUGUUGACCGCCUCAUUUCACCUGAAUCAUUCCAAACACUGCAAGGGGUGGAGGCCCCAAAAUCAUCUGGUGGGGGUUCUUGCCAUGACAUGCCCAAUCCUUCCACCUCAAUUGAUAUGAAGGAUGUAGAGGAACAUGGUGGAGUUGAUGAAGAAGAACCGCUUAUUCAGAUGGUGGAGUGCCGCAUUUGCCAAGAGGAGGAUAGCUUCCAAAAUCUUGAGAUCCCUUGUGCUUGUAAUGGCAGUUUGAAGUUUGCACACAGGAAGUGUGUCCAGCGAUGGUGCGAUGAGAAAGGAGAUAUAACUUGUGAGAUCUGUCACCAGCCGUACCAACCUGGUUAUACUGCCCCUCCACCUGUUCCUUGUUCAGAAGAUAUUACCAUUGAUAUCAGUGGGGUUUGGACAAUCUCUGGUAGUCCUUUGGACUUGCAUGACCCACGACUCUUGGCUAUGGCAACAGCAGAACGACAUCUUCUAGCAACUGAAUACGAUGACUAUGAUGCCAAUGCAAGUGGAUCUGCAUUUUACCGUUUUGCCGCUCUGAUUUUAAUGGCUCUUCUACUCUUGAGGCAUUCUCUAACCAUCAGCAAUGGUGAGGAUGAUGAUGAUGCUUCCACCUUUAUCUCUCUGUUAGUGCUGCGGGCUGCUGGUUUUCUUCUCCCAUGCUACAUUAUCAUCUGGGCUAUCGGUAUAUGGCAGCGUCGCAAGCAGAGACAGGAAGCAGAAGCAGCAGCUGCAGCAGAAGUUGCCUUCGUGAUACAGGGAGUGCAACGCAGGGGUUUGGAGUUUGCAAUACCAGUGGGACUUGCACCACCACUAGGACCUCCAAUGAGUCCCCUUCAAGAGCCAGUUCAGUAAUGUGGUGUCCUCUCCAACUCUGUUAAUAAACGACUGCUGAAGCAUAUAGCUACAGCUUGGAAAUUGAGUGUACCCGUGUUACUCAGUACACUGGCAGCGAGACACAAAAUUUUAGAACAUAUAUCUGACUGUUGACUUGUAUUUUAGCUCGGCUACUCCCGAAAAAGCUGAGUUAACUUAUCUUGGUUUCAUUUGAACUAUAUUGGUGUACAUAACUACACAUAUAUUCGGAAUCAGAGCAGCUUCUAUUCCUGCUUGAGGAAUAACGUUUUCUUCA